ACAAGGAAAACGCGAAAGAUAGAUCCGCCGUGAAGGCCCAACGGCGGCUUACCGAAACCCAGGGCCGCCGCCGGCCGCUCGCACCCGAAUCCCCAGCCGGCGCACCUCCAUCCACACGGGCCGGCAGAGAUGGUGGCGAUCUCGAUGUACCGCGGCAACCUCCACCAGAGCGGUGACGACGCCGCGCGCCGCUGGCCGGUGCCCCAGCCCACGCUCUCCGCGUCCCAGUUCCGCCGCCUCCUCCACCGCCGCUCCCUCGCCGUCUCCCGCCUCGCCGGGGCUCCCCGGCCCAACUCCCCCAACUCCCGCCUGGACGACGGCGCCGCGGCCGUGGGGGAGGCGCGGGAGGUGGACGGGGGUCAGCAGCACCAUCAGGCCGACCGGCAUGAUGUGCAGAUGCCGCCGCCGCCGCAGCAGCAGCAGCAGGGGGAGGAAGAGGGACAGGACGAGCAGCAGCAACAGGGGGAGGGAGAGGGGCAAGACGAGCAGCAGCAAGGAGAGGAGGAGGAGGAGCAGCAGGAGGAGGGGGCGGUGGAGGAUGUGGAAAUGGACGAUGCGGGAGAGGUGGUCGCCGGAGAUGUCGAUGCCGGCGGCAACGGUGACCCUGAAGAAGGGCAAGGCGAGAGCGAAGGCUUCGACCCCAACUCGGAGGUCAUUCAGGUCAUUGGUGGAUGACUACUUGCGAAGCCCCGACAGUAGAUUUUUGGAAUUGCUUCUCGUCAUGGUGGGUCAACCUGAUGGAGUUGAAGAAAGGAAGAGAGAGUUGACUGACAAGCUGGAUACCUUGAGUAAGAAAAAGCAUGAUCUCGUGCAGAUGCUGAAGCAGAUUUUAAAUGCCGAAGAAGAAAUCAGAACACGCAGCAUGCAGGCUUCGCUGCGUGCUGCCAUGCCUCAGCCGCCAGAAAACACAGCUGAUGGAAGUGUUCCCAGACAGGUGCCCAGAAUGACCGUUGAUGUCAAUUUCAGCGAGUUUGCUGGGGAGUCAGAUGCUGGUUCCAACCAGGGCACUCCUGGACGUCCCUUGCAUCAUGUCCACAGUAUUUCUCCUUCAACAGCCUCCUUUGCUAGGUCUCCAUUUGGUUCUCGCAACCACAACCCUGGCAACACUCCAAGAAGUCCAGCAGCACCUUUCUCUACAGUAAGCCCGUCUCGCUUCGCAGGUACCGGGCAUCAAGGACACCACCCCUCGGCAUCACUACCAGCAAGCAACUUUGUUGCGUCGUCACCUUCCCCUGCUGCAUCCGGUGGCUCUUCCUCCGUAUUCAGGGACUACCGCCCACCCAGUUCGACAUAAUUCUGCAAAACCCGAACGAAGGCCACAACGUACAUGACUCGCCGUGAAUAGUCGAAUGCUCUUUGUACUCCUCUUUGAAUUGCUAUUUUAUCGACAAUAUUAUGUGAAUGCAAAGAGCAACUCGGGGAGAAUAAGGUCUUGCUGAAGCAUAAUUUUGUA